CUGAGUGGAUCAGCUGAGGAAAGUGAAUGGGGACAGCGACGUGUCAUUGAGAGCGGAAUAAUCGCCGAAACGCCGAUAUUUGAACGGCACCUUCCACCGAGCUUCGCACGACUACAAAGAGCAGCUUGGUUCACAGCUGAACAGCUUUGGACACAUUGAUUAAGCUGGCGUUUAUGAGAGAAAUAUCGAUUAGACACCGCUGUCACUGGAUGGACGACAGAGCGCUUAGACGUACACAGGCUGCCUGAAGAGAGCCGUUUGUCUGUCCGCUUUUCUGUCACGAUUCCUCUGCUUUCUUACCGAAACUGUCAGAAACGACGCGAAUAUUGGCAUUAGAGAGCAUUUAAUUUCAAAGAUAUGGAAAAAGACGAGGAAAGCCCUUCCAAAAUGAAAAUAUGAAGUCGUCAUUAAUGCGGAUUUAAAUGUCUCGCGCUGAGGGGCAUCGGACGCGCGAUUUCUCCUCACCCUCUCCAAGCUGCUGCGUUUCUCGCACAAAAAUAAUAUUUAUUCUGAGCAGACGUGGAUAGAAACACAGAGAAGAAAGGAGAGGGAUAUUUGAAGCAAUAUGGCUGAUGGCUGGGGUUGGGGGCGCUGGCAGGAGCUCUCCAAAGCUUCUCAAUGCUAGCUGUGGCAGAUGGCAACGGAUCCUAUGGCAGCAGCAGCUCUAGAAUGAGUAAUAAUAUCAAUUUUAAUAAAAAUCCGGACUCUUCUGUCUCUAUAUCGAAGAUGGACGUGAUCAUCCCGUUCACACCAGACGUACCCUGUGACAACAAUGGUCAGCGCAUGUGGUGGGCUUUCCUCGCCUCAUCCAUGGUGACGUUCUUCGGGGGUCUCUUCAUCAUCCUCCUGUGGAGGACCCUCAAGUACCUGUGGACUGUCUGCUGCCAUUGUAACAUCAAAAACAAGGAGGCACAGAAGGUGAAUAACCCUAUUAUUAUUCAGGCUGAUGGCACAACAAAGACUGGGAAUGAUAAAGAAGAAGCCCCAGCCAGUGAAGUGGGCUGGAUGACCUCAGUCAAAGACUGGGCUGGGGUCAUGAUCUCAGCGCAGACCCUCACUGGCAGAGUUUUGGUGGUGUUGGUCUUUGCACUCAGCAUCGGAGCUCUGGGAAUAUACUUCAUAGAUUCUUCGGAUCCUAUAGAAUCCUGUCAGAAUUUCUACAAAGACUUCACGUUACAAAUUGACAUGGCAUUCAACGUGUUCUUCUUACUCUACUUUGGUCUGCGUUUCAUAGCAGCCAAUGAUAAGCUGUGGUUCUGGCUGGAGGUCAACUCAGUGGUGGACUUCUUCACCGUGCCUCCCGUGUUUGUGUCAGUGUAUCUGAACAGGAGUUGGCUGGGUCUGAGGUUUCUAAGAGCCUUGAGAUUGAUACAGUUCUCAGAAAUUUUACAGUUUUUGAAUAUCUUAAAAACAAGUAAUUCCAUCAAGCUGGUGAACCUGUGUUCCAUCUUCAUAAGCACAUGGCUCACUGCUGCAGGAUUCAUUCAUCUGGUGGAAAACUCAGGGGAUCCAUGGGAAAACUUCCAAAACUCUCAACCGCUCUCAUAUUGGGAAUGUGUGUACUUAUUAAUGGUCACCAUGUCCACGGUGGGAUAUGGGGAUGUCUAUGCAAGAACCACUCUUGGACGCCUUUUCAUGGUCUUCUUCAUUCUCGGUGGUCUGGCCAUGUUUGCCAGCUACGUCCCUGAAAUCAUAGAGUUAAUAGGAAACCGCAAGAAAUAUGGUGGUUCCUAUAGUGCGGUAAAUGGCAGAAAGCAUAUUGUGGUCUGUGGUCAUAUCACGCUCGAAAGUGUUUCCAACUUCCUUAAAGACUUCCUACACAAGGACAGGGAUGAUGUCAAUGUAGAAAUUGUUUUUCUUCAUAAUAUUUCCCCUAAUCUUGAGCUGGAAGCCUUGUUCAAACGUCACUUCACUCAGGUGGAAUUCUAUCAAGGAUCGGUCCUCAACCCACAUGAUCUAGCAAGAGUGAAGAUUGAGUCGGCGGACGCUUGCUUGAUUCUUGCAAACAAAUACUGUGCAGACCCCGAUGCUGAGGAUGCCUCAAAUAUCAUGAGAGUAAUAUCUAUCAAGAACUAUCAUCCAAAGAUCAGAAUAAUAACACAAAUGUUGCAGUACCACAACAAGGCCCAUCUGCUAAACAUUCCCAGCUGGAACUGGAAAGAGGGAGAUGAUGCGAUCUGCCUGGCCGAGUUGAAGGCAGGCUUCAUAGCCCAGAGCUGCCUGGCACAGGGCCUGUCCACCAUGCUCGCCAACCUCUUCUCCAUGAGGUCAUACAUCAAGAUUGAAGAAGACACAUGGCAGAAGUAUUAUCUGGAAGGAGUAGCCAAUGAAAUGUACACUGAGUACCUGUCCAGUGCCUUUGUCGGGCUUUCCUUUCCUACAGUUUGUGAGCUGUGCUAUGUGAAGCUCAAGUUGUUGUUGAUCGCAAUUGAGUACAAGUCAGAGCAAAGGGAAAGCAGUAUUCUGAUCAACCCGGGAAAUCACGUUAAAAUGCAGGAGGGGACGCUGGGAUUCUUUAUUGCCAGUGACGCCAAAGAGGUGAAAAGAGCAUUUUUCUACUGCAAAGCAUGUCAUGAUGACAUCACAGAUCCCAAACGGAUUAAAAAGUGUGGCUGCAAGAGAAUAAAGGAGGAGGUUAGAGUGAGUUUUGAGAAGCGCUCAGUGAACGCGGUCAGCUGUGGCUGUUCCUCUUCCUCGUGUGCUGCUGGUGUGGACUCCUCCACGACUGCCGUUCCUCUUGUUAAUAAUCGUAAAGGAAGUUUGCUCCCUCCAGCGCCGCCCUCGCAGUCUCUCCUCAGCUCGGCUGGCCUGAACCGGGCCCGCAGCCUGCCUGAAAAAUACCGCUACCGGCCCGGCAGCCAUUCCUGCGCACACUUCGAAGAUGAGCAUCCGUCAACACUGUCACCCAAAAAGAAGCAGCGCAACGGAGGCAUGCGAAAUUCACCCAACUGCUCGCCCAAAAUGAUGAGGCAUGAUCCUCUACUCAUUCCGGGAAAUGAGCAAAUUGAGAGCAUGGAUGCUAAUGUCAAACGGUACGACUCUACCGGAAUGUUUCACUGGUGUCCAUCCAAAGAUAUCGAGAAGGUCAUUCUGACACGCAGCGAGGCCUCAAUGACGGUUUUAAGUGGACAUGUAGUAGUCUGCAUAUUCGGAGACGUCACGUCAGCUUUAGUGGGGCUUCGAAACUUAGUCAUGCCUUUGAGAGCAAGCAACUUCCAUUACCAUGAGCUAAAGCCCAUUGUGUUUGUGGGCUCGUUAGAUUAUCUGCGAAGAGAGUGGGAAACCCUUCACAACUUCCCAAAAGUCUUCAUCUUACCUGGUACGCCAUUAAGUCGAGCUGAUUUAAGGGCCGUCAACAUCAACCUCUGCGACAUGUGCGUUAUCCUGUCAGCCAAUCAGAACAAUAUCGACGAUGCUUCACUGCAGGACAAGGAAUGCAUCUUGGCAUCUCUUAACAUCAAAUCUAUGCAGUUUGAUGACAGCAUUGGGGUCUUGCAGGCUAAUUCCCAAGGUUUCACACCUCCAGGGAUGGAUAGGUCAUCUCCUGAUAACAGUCCCGUGCACGGUUUAGUGCGGCAGGCAUCCGUCACCACCGGAUCAAACAUCCCCAUCAUAACUGAACUCGCUAAGCCUGGCAAACUACUGCCUUUGGUUUCAUUCAGUCAGGAAAAAAACAGUGGAACCAACAUACAAAUGAUAACAGAACUGGUGAACGACUCCAACGUUCAGUUUUUGGACCAAGACGACGACGACGACCCAGACACGGAGCUGUACCUGACCCAGCCGUUCGCCUGCGGUACCGCCUUCGCCGUCAGCGUGUUGGACUCCCUGAUGAGUGCGACAUACUUCAAUGAUAAUAUCCUCACCCUGAUCCGGACGCUGGUCACGGGAGGCGCCACGCCGGAGCUGGAGGCCCUGUUGGCUGAGGAGAACGCUCUGAGAGGUGGCUACAGCACGCCGCAGACACUGGCUAACAGGGACAGGUGUCGGGUCGCCCAGCUGGCCCUCUACGAUGGGCCCUUCGCAGACUUGGGGGAUGGAGGUUGCUAUGGAGACUUGUUCUGUAAAGCAUUAAAAACCUACAACAUGCUGUGCUUUGGAAUCUAUAGAUUGCGAGAUGCACAUUUAGGUGCACCAAGCCAGUGCACAAAAAGAUAUGUCAUCACAAACCCGCCUUAUGAGUUUGAGAUGGUGCCCACGGACCUGAUCUUCUGUCUGAUGCAGUUCGACCACAAUGCGGGCCAGUCCCGAGCGAGCCUGUCCCACUCCUCCCAUUCCUCCCAUUCCUCCAGCAAGAAGAGCUCGUCUGUUCACUCCAUCCCCGCCACCAACCGGCAGAACCGCAGCAGCAAAGCACGUGAAGCCCGUGACAAACAGAAUGCAACAAGGAUGAAUAGAAUGGGCCCAGAAAAGAGAUGGUUUACAGAUGAAGCAGAAAACACAUACCCAAGGAACAUUCAAAUCAAGCCUAUGAGCACUCACAUGGCCAACCAAGUCAAUCAGUACAAAUCCACUAGCAGUCUGAUUCCACCUAUCCGAGAAGUCGAAGAUGAAUGCUGAAUGAAUCCCCGGCCUUUCUUAUCACUGAGGGAACUUGGGUCAUCUUGCUGUAAAAGACGAGCGCUAUUCGUGAAACACUGACUGUGAUGACGCCGACACAUUGUUCUUCCCUUGUUCCACUCGAGGGUUUGAAGCGAUCGAGGACUAGAAGGGACUUCCUAUGUGUAUACCUUUAAUGUUACUUCCAUACUUUUGUAUAUGUAUACAUAGUGAUGUACAUAAUGACAAUCAAGUAAGGAUUGUACAGCCCCUAGCACUUUUUAAAAUUAACAGGCGAACAAAAAAAAAAUAGAAGAAAAAAAAAAAAAAGAUACUUCCUGUGAUUCUUUGCAAUAUCUCACCUCUGCUGUGACCUGACUCCAUGCAGAGGGCGCUAUAAUGGAGGAUGAGGGUCACCCUCACUCACUUCAUCCAAACUCUACCCAAAGAUCAGCCCCAUCAAUUGAGUCGUGUAUCUGUUGUCCAUUUGGUUUUUGCACUACCAUUAAUAACUGACGAAAGAGUCAAAGCUUUCCCUCGCUACUCCUCUGAGUUGGGGGCUGACAUCACAGGCUGAGGCUGUUAAACGAAUGGCUGUGUUUGUUUGGUGCAUGGUGUGUGCUGAAGGCUGCCCGAAGUAAACCGAGGCUCAAGAAAGGAUGCCCAUUUCCAUCCCACAGACUGUUUAGGCACAUGGAAAUGUUUGCAAAUGGCCAUCCCCAACGUAGCUCUUCGGAAUUGGCAAUACACUGAGGAUAUGCACUACUUCUGUUGACGUCUUUCCAUCAUCCAUGACUGCUAGUGAUCGAGGCUUCUAAUGUUGGUCUGCGGCUCUGCUUUUAAUACGAAUGAAUGAAACACUAAUAUCACCUGCUGAUAAUUCAACAAUGAUUGAGCUUUGAUACUCAAAUAAUCUUCUGAAUCAAUUGAAAAUGCCACAUAUUGCGAAAAGUGGGCACCGACGGUUCCUCCUUUGGGUGUUGCCACUGCCUGGCACAGGGUUGGCACAGGGGUGGUUAAAGUGCUUGGAUGUUCCCUGUGACCAACCAUGAUGCUCAAACACACAAGCUCAAUCAUAUUGUUCAAUUAUCAGUCAAAGAUGUAACUUUGCUGUGGACUGAAUGGAUCUGAACAUCACUCACGUCUACCGAGGCUACACCUUAGAGCAGAACGUGUACUGAUACAAAUGCUUCACAGACCUUUGAACUUGGCUUCAAGUGCUCUGUCAGAUUUAUACAUAAGUACAUACUUAUUUUUUAUCCAUGAGCGUAAUCAUUUUGUACUUAUUUUUAUACAUAUCAGAGAACUUUAUUUCUAAAUGUAUCUUAAAGAUAUCUUACUAGCUACAGUGCACAGCGGCGGUUUGGUUUCUUCAGUUUUAGCCCCCUGACAUAUCACGUAACAUCAACCGGGACACGUCAAAGAUCUGUGAACCCGAGUGGAAUUCAGCUUUCCAUCAGCUCACGCAGGCUGCUUUGAAGGACCCACUACUCAAACAUGCUUUCAUUUUCAUAAGCUAACAGAUGAAUGACUACUCACACUUGUGUAAUUCCAGGUAAAACGAUGUUGACAUGAACUCACGCAUAAGGAGGGGGCUCUGCUCUUUCUGUCAUAAGGUUACGAUAAUAGUAGUGAUGUUUGGCCUAAAUUAGGUCUCGCUAGAGAGGAGAGCACGCUGAUGCUAAUAGCCAUAUCACUGUAGAAAAGAGAUGUUGUCCAUCCAUUAAGCGAAAGAAUAGAAAUCUGUUGUAUAAUUCUGCCCAUUCUAGUCCACGUUUAUUUUCUCAAGUAAAAAAAGGAUCUCAGCUUUAUCGUUUGUCUACUGGACAAUUAGGCUUUGUCCUGAAGUGAUUUUCUGAUUGUGAUUACAUUGGUGUUACACUUUGUAGCAAGUAGAUUUCUUUAAAAAAAAAUAAUAAUACUAAUGUGAGUAAAAUGUAUGUAAAAUUGGAUUGUCGACAUACUUGCUAGCCUGAAAAAGACUUUGAGCUAAAAAAAAAAAAAUCCAUUGGCGUUAAAUGUCCGAUAUUUUUAUUCUCUGUAUGGUCCUUUUCCUGUAAUGAAAGCGCAUUACAAAUGAAGGCCAAUCACACAGCAGCAGGUUUCAUUUGAUGAGAAGAGUGUAGAUGCAGAACUAGCUCUUUUAUAUAAGGAUAAUUAACCAUUUUACAUUCCAUUUUGUCAUCCGUUACAAUCACACAGAGUUUAAAAAUGUCAAAAUGGCUUGUUUAUUUACAGACUUUCUUUCUUUGUCAAAACACAUUCUCAGGUAGCGAUCCUGACGACAAAACAAAAAGCAGGCUUACGUUUUCUUAUGGUUACCUUUUGAGGCGAUACAGCUAUUUUCUGCUCCAUUGCAAAACAUGUGCAAUAUUUUAGUAUCAUGCAAUUUAUUUGUACAUCUUGUGAAGAUACUAGAGUGUACACAUAUCAGUGCCAUGAAAUGUAUCCGUCUACUAGCAUCAGUCAGUCAUUGGGUCUGGAUAAAUAGGAUGGCGUCUAACACUGGCAUGGAGAACAUCCAAGCCAUCUUUGCCUCCAUGCCAGGAGAGUGCCAGGCAGUGCAGGACCACCAAAGGAGGAACAGCGGAAGACCCACUAGAGCGAAAAGUGGCAUUCAGAUGGGCACAAUACAUGUGCGAGCUGCUGAAAUCCAAGCACCUUGAUUUUAAACACUGAGGAGGGGGGAGGGGGGGACCACAAUGACUGUGUGAUGCUACGUAGAACUGACUAUGAUGUUUAGCUGGCUCACCUGUCAAUGUAUUCAAGAGUGUUUUAAUUAAAGUAACAUAUAAAGCAACCUUACUGAUGUUCUACUGUAUGUAAUACACAACUGUCAUAUUUUGGCUACUUUAUUCUACUGUAAAAGAAAGAGUUACGUUUAUAGACUGCUGUAUAAAGGAAACACACUGUAACAGAAUAGAAACACUUGGAGGGAAUUAAGUCUUAACAUGCUGAACUUGCGUAUGGAUUACUAUUUUGUUGCUGUCUUUUCUUCCACUUCAAUAAAUGAUCAAAACAUCCAUCUAUACAUGUACUUAUUGGCAUAUUCAUUACAGGAAAAAGGAGUUUGUCAUAGCGGAAUAUGACUGAUUUGAUUGGAGGACGUGAUGGUGCUGAGCUGAUCUACCAGACUCUGUCAAAUAUAACCUGCUGAUAAACAUACUGUCUUGUACAAAAAGUUUGUACAUAAAUUGUACAUGGUUUCUUUUUGUAUUUUCUCAAAUUAAAAUGGAUGUAUUUGUGUUCUACA